UUUAUGCUAUAAGUGGUCUGGGCAACCACUUACGCCGUUCCCACAAGAAUCUGUACCAAUUCCCAUCGUGAUGGUCUUCUUCUUCCGGCGAAUUGCUCGAUAAGCAGUCAUAAUUCCCAUCCCAUCAAAGACCAAAGCCACCACUUUCUUCCCAUUUCAUUCCGAAAAACUUCCACGGGUACUCAAACGAUUCUCUCACAAAGAGGAGGAAGAGGCGCGCAUUUGGAAACCCUCUCCGUACGUGCCUGCCGUUGAUUGGAGCCCAUCGUCUCAAGGUUCUUCAUCACAAAUUUCUGAUUCGAGUUUUGGCACGGAUUUCUUCAGCUGUCAACAGUUUUGUAUAAACAUUAGCAACAAGGAAUCACACAAUGGACAGCAUAGUGGAUUCUCUAAACAGUGCAUACCAGGAGUAUGUUGCUUCUGCAGCUAACGUGCUUGAAGCUAAGGAGGCUUCUGGUGGCCAGAAAACAGUAGCCACAGACGCUGCUCUUGAAAAUUUUAAGCAGAAGUGGGAAUUGUUCAGAGUAGCUUGUGAUCAAGCGGAGGAAUUUGUGGAGUCUGUGAAGCAAAGAAUAGGCUCUGAAUGCUUGGUGGAUGAGGCAACUGGUUCAAUGGCUGGGAAGCCUGGGCAGAAUUCCUCAGCUGGUCUCCCACCAAUCAGUGCUGUUCGGUUAGAACAGAUGAGUAAAGCUGUCCGAUGGCUUGUGAUAGAACUGCAACAUGGUUCUGGAACUUCAGGUGCAGCACAUUCCCAUGCAUCAGCUCCUUUUGAUGCUAGAUUCUCUGAAGAUUCAGCUCAAUAGGUUCAAAUUUAAUGCUAUUACCAUGAUCUUUGUGGAAGAUUCAUUUGUUAUCGUUGUCAAAUAGAAUGAUAUAAUUGUUGUGCUUGCUUUUCUCUGUAGGAAAUCAUUGUCUAUUCCAAAUUCAGUGAUUGAAAUUUAGCUUCUAGAGUCCGAUUAGGCACUUGUGGAAACAUUCUCUACUUGGUGGAUCAGUUAUUGCUAAAGAGAGAGGGAAUUAAACAAAAAGGAAAAUGAAGAUUAUGCCUCUAUGCCUAUGAUGGAAAGUCCAAUAUGAUUUUUGUAUUCUUCAUCUUCUGGUUGCUAAUUCUCCUUUUUGCGGGUAGAAAUGUUACAUCUUAAGUUAACAGUACUGUAGUGUUAUUCAGCAAUGGGAGUCUCCAAUGGAGACGCUUACUUAAUAGAUUUGUGCGUGCAGUUAUGUUUAUGUACAGAUGUGGGCUACCUGAAAAAUCGUUUUCACAGAUAUUUAUUAAUUCCUUUUCUUGUC